GGAUAAUCCGAUGAAAGAAAGAACCCCUGUUCCCCACAAAGCUCAUUUGCAAUCCCUCGCACGGGCUUCUGCGUUGACUGUUUUGUGAUGUUUUGUCAAGGGUUAAGGGGAAAGCCCAGCUGUUUGGCAGGCUUUCCUCUUGCUUCAGCGAUUGGCCAGGAGCCUCAGGGGGCGGGCCCAAGGAGGCAGCUCCAGCAGUUUGGCCACCUGUGCCUGGAGGAGCCCUCUUUUGCAAUUGACAACGGCCAAGGAGCAGCAGCUGCUUUUUGCUGCUGCUCUGGAGCUGGCAACAAAGUAUGUGCGUGCAAGUUUGUGUGUGUGUGUAAGUAUAACUCUGGGGGCAUGCUGCCUCCGGCCUUUGCCCUACCCCAGCAGAGGAAGCGACUGAAUCUCCCAAGGAUUUUUGACAGCCAAGGAGUUUCCUCCUGGUACCCCAGGUGCAGUUUUUCAACACGGGACAUGGAGCAAGGCAACUUGAGAGGCUGAGGCUGCCAAGGCCUGUGACUGGCUGCGAGCGGCUGGCUUUCCUCAGUAUGCCCAGCUCUACGAAGAAUCCCUCUUCCCUCUCGACAUUGCCUCUGUGAAGAAGGACCACAGCUUCUUGGACCAGGAUUCCCUCAAAUCCCUCUGCAGGAGACUCGUGACACUGAACUCGUGUGCCUCGAUGAAGCUGGAGGUCCACUUUCAGCGGAAACAGAAUGAUGACUCGGGAGACGAGGACUUCUGCGCCAUCAGCGACCGGUGGGCUUUCCAGAGAGACAGCCGUAGGUGGUCCCGAAUCGGCUCCGACGAUUUCCUCUCCCGCAGCCCGGAGGCAGCCUCCGCCAUGAGGAAGCUGCCCAGCCAGGAGAGCAUCCUCACUGACCUGAGUGCGGAGCUGGAGGCCUCCUCUCUCCACAGCGACCCCAGCACAGGCGAGUGCCCUGCUCUCCCUGACCCAUCCUCCGCUCGGGAUUCUCCGACCUUGACCCUGUCCACCCCCAGCUUGGAGGACCCCUCUACCACUGACCAGUCCCAGGACAUGAGCGGGACCAGCAAGGGGGACGCCAGGAAACGCCGGACUCGGAGCUUCCUCAGGAGGAUCGAGUCCCUCAGGAGAAAGGACAAGGAGAAGCUGGACUCUGCCAAAGCCCCAAAAGAGGAGGGGGCAGAUGCCGAGUCCUGGUGGAGCUCCUCGAAAGACCCAAGAAGCAGGGUGCCGCCCUCUUCCUGCGGCAGCAAAACGCUUCCCUCACGAGGCCGCCGGGCCAACGGGGCCUUGGGCUCAGCUGGGGAGCGACCCAAACAUGGCAGCAUUUACCUGGAGGACUACGAGGCAGGCCGGGGCAAGGGCACCCCCUGGGAUGCUGGCGGAUUGGGCCACCACGACCUGUUCGAAAGGGACUAUUUGGUCCACAUCCCCAGAGACUACAAGCCGGGCACUUUCCCCAAGUCUCUCUCCAUCGAAAGCCUGUGCCCGCUCGAGAGCGGGUGUUUGCCAGACUGGAAAUCUAGCGGCCCGGCUUCGGGCCUCUCGCCAGGCGGGGUUGGAACGGGCAGCAGGACAGGCGAGGCCAUGGAGUGCAGGCCGAGGCGGCCCUCGUGUGGCUCCACAGGCAGCUGCACCAGCCUCUAUGACAAUGUGCCCGAGCCCAGCAGUGUCACGGACGACCUGUUUGGCCUGGACAGGGACGUCAUCUACGAGAACCUAGAUGAGAUCCUGGAGCAUGUUUGGGGGCUGCAGAGGAAGGUGGAGCUGUGGUCUGAGGCCAUCCAGCUGGACCCGGAGGGUGGAAGCAUUGGAGGCGGGGAGGAGACGGACUCUGGAGGGGAGCCCGCCACCCCAAACUUUGAGGAGCGCUCCGUGUCGGACAUUGGCACAUCGGCCAGCGACUUUGACAGCACGGCCAACUCCCUGAACGAGGCAGAGGACCUGGGAAUGAGGGAGCGGAGAGACUCCGGGGUGGGCGCCUCCCUCACCAGGCCUUGCAGGAAGCUUCGCUGGCACAGCUUCCAGAACUCCCACCGACCCAGCCUGAACUCGGCUUCCUUGGAGAUCAACCGCCAAUCCGCCGCCCAGCUCAACCUCCUCCAAAAAUGCUCCCUGCUUCGCCUCACAGCCAUCAUGGAGAAAUACUCUGUCCCUCACAAGCAGAGCUGGUCAUGGGCGGUCCCGAAGUUCAUGAAGAGGAGCAAGACCCCCAACUACAGGGACAAGAGCGUCUUUGGGGUCCCACCACUCGUCCACGUCCAGAGGACUGGACAACCGCUGCCCCAGAGCAUUCAGCAGGCAAUGCGCUACAUUCGCAGCCAGUGUCUGGACCAGGUCGGCAUUUUCCGUAAGUCUGGGGUCAAGUCCCGGAUCCAGGCCCUGAGGCACAUGAACGAAGCUUCCCCGGACCAUGUGAGCUACGAGGGCCAGUCAGCCUACGACGUGGCCGACCUGCUCAAGCAGUACUUCCGCGACCUUCCAGAGCCCGUCUUCACCAGGAAGCUGAUGGAGACAUUUCUGCAGAUUUACCAGUUUGUGCCAAAGGACCAGCGUCUGCCAACAGUGCAGGCAGCCAUUGCGCUGAUGCCUGACGAGAACCGGGAGGUGCUGCAGACACUGCUCUACUUCCUGAGCGAUGUGGCCUCCGCCCAGGAGAACCAGAUGACGGCCGGGAACCUGGCGGUCUGCCUGGCCCCCUCUGUUUUCCACCUCAACGUCUCCAGGAAGGAGAGCACUUCUCCCAGGAUGAUUCACAAGCGAGCCACGGUGGGCAAACCCGACCACAAGGACCUGAAUGAAAACAUGGCCGCCACCCAAGGCCUCUCCCACAUGAUCACGGAGUGCAAGAAACUAUUUCAGAUCCCCCAGGACGUGAUGCUCCAGCUUUGCAACUCCUACUUGGCAGCGGACACCCAGCCUCUCUCCUUCUCUGAGCUGAUGGGCCGGAACCUGCAAGGGGAAGGGCGGGAUUCCCGGGUUGAGUUGGAAGUCAGUAUCCAAAGCCUACUCAAGGAGUCCUUCGAUCGCUUCAAGGGGUGGCUUGGCAUGCCUGGACCCCUCAACACGGAGAUCUCCUGCAAGAAGGUGGGGGAUGGGCACCCCCUGCGCCUGUGGAAGGUGUCCACGGAAGUGGAGGCGCCCCCUCAGGCGGUGCUUCAGCGGGUGCUCCGGGAACGGUGCCUGUGGGACGAAGACCUCCUGCAGGAGAAAGUGAUGGAGGCCCUGGACCACAACACGGAGGUCUACCACUACGUGACGGACAGCAUGGCGCCCCACCCACGGCGAGACUUCCUCGUCCUCCGUAAAUGGCGCUCGGACCUGCCCCGAGGAGGCUGCCUCCUUGUGUCCUUAUCCCUGGACCAUAAGACGUUGCCCCUGGAAGGUGGGGUCAGGGCAGUGGUCCUGACCUCCCAGUACUUGAUGGAGCCCUGUGGGAUGGGGCGCUCCAGAGUGACCCAUAUCUGCCGCGCAGAUCUCAGGGGACGGUCUCCAGACUGGUACAACAAAGUUUUUGGCCGCCUCUGCGCCAUGGAGCUGGCCAGGAUCCGAGACUCUUUCCCGGCACUUGACCCAAGUGGUCCAGAGACAAAGAUCUGAAGGGGGCUUCUGGCACUCUUGGAGGCUCUUGGAACGUGGGGUGGCUUCAGCCUUCGCUAGAGGGGAGGAGCUUUUCCAGGUGCCUGAACACCUGCGAACUGAGCAGCUUCUACCCCUCUUGUCCAGAAACGUCAGCUCUUCAAGGCUCAGCUGCCCCGGGGAGCAGAAAGGUCUCCGCUCGUGACGGCGCCCUUUCCUGGUUGAGCAGCGUGCUUCAUGUCUGGGAAGCCAUCUUGGAUGUUCCUUCCUAAAGCCUCUGAGGGGCUGUCCAUCCGUCCACCCACUCCCCACACCACCAAUGGAUCCAGCAUUCAGAUACCCAUUUAGCUGUGAUUCCUGCAUUGCAGGGGGUUGGAUUGGAUGACCCUCGGGGUCCCUUCCAACUCAAUUCCAGGGGAAAGGAGAAGAGCUGGGCCACAGGGGGGGGGGAGUUGGGCAAGGAGUAUCUCCAUCGGCAAAUCUUCUAAGGUUGUGGGCUGGCAAGGAGGUCUACCACCGGCCGAAGGAAGAUAGUCCUAGGCUAGGUGGACCCAACCGUCUGAUCCAGCUAAAUAAACUAGUUCUGGGUUGGAUUUGAUGACCCUCGAGGUCCCUUCUUCCAACUCUACAGUUCUGUGAUUCUAUGACGGCAGGAUUGACGGAGAUGGCGUGCAGAGGGAUGCCAGAGGAGGGCAAAGUUGUCUACACAAGUCAGGGGGAUGACGCUGCAGGGAGCGGGGGAGGUUAGUUGGUGGUCAAGUGUGUGUAGGAGGCAUUAUUGCAGGAUGAACAGCCGUGUUGUAGCACAUGGGGGGCAAGAGUGUAUGUACAUGUGUAGGAGAGGGAGAGAGGGAGCCAGAAAAACAUUAUUUUAUUCCCAUUUGCUGCCAUCAUUCCUGCAUUGCAGGGGGUUGUGCUUAAGAUGACCCUCUGGGUCCUUUCCAACCCUAUGAUUCUUUAUCACAUGAGUGGCACAGAACUGGCAACUGAGUCCAAGUGUUUCUACCUUUGCAUGGGAAUCCUUUCACUUAACAUGACAAAGAGCCCAUUGGCUCAGAUAUAUUUGAUGCUAUUCUUGGCAAAAAACAAAGGGCGGUGGAUGCAGAUGAGUGUGACCAAAGCCUGGGGUCUUGCGUCCUCUGAGGACUCGUGUCUUGCUCUUGAAUGCCAACUACAUGAUUCCAUGGGGGGGGGGAAGAGACUUCACUGCAUCCUCCAUCAGAUGGCUGUGGUCCUCUGAUCUUUCACAAUUAAUAGUUUGACAUUGGCUAACCUUGGCCUGUAAUUAACUCAGUUUUUAUUUUUCUUCCCGUAACCGGGGGUCCAACUGACUAGGCAGCAUUCCAGCUGGAAGGCAUGAGAACUUUUCCAAUUUUUUUUAGAGAUCUAACUGUGUCUGUUUGCAGGUGAUCAAUUCAACGGCUCUUGUCAACUCUUGCACUGCAGAGGAUAAGACGAGGGGACUUUGGGGGGAUCCUUCCAACUCUUACAAUCCUAUGAUUCUAUAAAUCAUUGGAGGUUUUUAAAACUGAGGUUGAAUGGCCCACUGUCAGGGAUUCUUUAGCUGUGAUUCCUGCGGAAGGGGGGGUCAGACUAGAUGACACUUUGGGAUACCUUCCAACUCUACAAUCUUUGGAUUCUGUGAACUCAAAUAGAAAUAACUGAUGUAGCAUUUGUGGGGGUAUUUUUUUGUCUUACUAAUACCUUGGGGGGCUGUUAUUUCUCUAAUCAAUUUUUCCUUUCGCACCUAUAAAUAUUGUACAGUUGUAAUAUUUAAUAUAUAACUUGAGUGGGAGAGCAUUUGGACAGAGGUGUGUGUGUGUGUGCGUGCGUGCGAGAGGAAAAAGCGUAUUUUGUAUUUAACGUUUUUUUGUACUAAAGCCGUUGCGGGGUGUCAAGAGGAGAGAGGAAACUUCCUGUCUCUGUGUAAUAAAUAAAGUACUAACCUGG